AUGACUGUUGGUAUCUUGGUUGUAUCCCAAUCGGUUUCCAAGGGCUUAUCGGCUGACAAGGUUGUUGAUGCGCUGAAACAACGCCUUGACGGGCUUGAAUUGAAGGCGCACAAGGUCGUGCCAGACAAAAAGGAGGAUAUCCAGGCUGCAGUGUUGGACUGGGUGAGACAGGAUAUCAAGCUUAUCUUGACUGCAGGCGGAACCGGCUUUUCCAAGACGGACAUCACACCAGAGGCCAUCGAGCCGUUGUUGGACAGAAAGGCGCCUGGGUUGGUGCAUGCAAUGCUUUCCUAUUCUCUUCAAAUCACCCCCUUUGCCAUGCUUGCUCGGCCGGUAGCUGGUGUUUGUGGAGAAACGCUUAUCAUCACGCUGCCCGGCUCGCCAAAGGGCGCCACGGAAAAUUUCCAAGCAAUAAAGGAGAUCAUUGGGCACGCGCUUGCGCAACUGGGAACCGAGAGCUCAAGAUCUCUGCACAAAGAAGCCCGUUCCGGCCAUCAUCAUCACCACCAUCACGGAAACCUUGCCAAACACGAGCUAGUCGACUCUGUCGUUGCAAGACACCGAGUCUCGCCGUAUCCCGCGAUAUCUGUCGAUGAAGCAUACUCAAAAAUCAGCGAGAACACGCCGGGUCCAGAAGUGAUCGAAGUGAGCAUUCUGGAGCCUCGCAUAGUGGGCAGCGUGGUUGCAGAAAAUGUCACUGCUCAGAUGGACGUUCCAAAUUUUCGCGCAAGUAUUGUGGACGGAUACGCGGUAAUCAGCUCCGAUGGACCGGGUGUUUACCCUGUUGUCAGUGUUUCGCAUGCUUCCAAGAAUGACCAGAAACAGCUGGUUGCAGGACAGAUUGCGAGAAUCACCACAGGAGCACCGCUUCCUGAAGGGGCUGACGCAGUGGUGAUGGUGGAGGAAACGCGGCUGGUGGAGACCACUGAGGACGGGAGCGAAGAAAAGCUUGUUGAGAUACUGGCAAAAAACGUUAGAGCAGGAGAGAACAUCAGGGCCGUCGGUUCUGACACCAGGAAAGAGAGUUUGGUGCUGGCGAAAGGAUCUAGGAUCUCACCGGGAGGAGGCGAGAUAGGUGCACUGGCGAGCGUGGGGGUUAACAAAAUCAAAGUGUACCGCAAACCGGUGAUUGGGCUGCUCUCUACCGGAAAUGAACUGCAGGACGUGCUAGCUGAAAACGCUCUCCAUUAUGGAGAAAUCUACGACAGCAACAGGCCGACGCUGGUAUCGAUGGUGCAAAACUGCGGGUACGAGGUGGUAGAUCUCGGAAUCGCGCCCGACAACAAGGGUUCUCUUGUCAAAAUUAUAAGGGACGCUGUGGACGUCAAAAAAAUUGACUGCCUGAUCACUACUGGAGGAGUGUCCAUGGGAGAGCUUGACCUGCUUAAACCGACGAUUGAAAAUGAGCUCCACGGCACGAUCCAUUUUGGACGUGUCAGAAUGAAGCCUGGCAAGCCAACCACUUUUGCAACGAUCGGCAGAUCCACCGUUAUUUUUGCUCUCCCCGGUAAUCCUGCCUCGUCUUCUGUUUGCUACCAUCUGUUUGUCCUGCCCUGUUUGCUAAAAUGGCAAGGAAUCGAGCCCGCACUGGGCCAGAAAUUGCCUACAGAGCCAAUCGUGAAGGUCAAGCUCGCAGAGGACCUAAAACUGGACCCACAACGCCCUGAGUACCAGCGGGUCAGCAUUCGUCAGAGAGACAUGGCUCUGGUUGCAACCUCUACCGGGUUCCAAAGAAGCAGCAACAUCGCAUCUUUCAAGAAGGCCAACGGGCUGGUGUGUCUUCCUGCUGCCAGUGAUUUUGGCAAGACAGUACUCGCAACCGGGACGGUGGUGGACGCGAUUCUCAUCGACCAAAUCUAUAUGUGA